AUGGUUGUUAAUAACGUAGAGACGAAACCGAUAGUGGUAACACAAGUAGUGAAGAGAGAUCAUAGGAAUCGUAAAAAACGAUGCAUUUGUGACACAGAAAGGUUACUGGGUCAAAUUACUGGUAGUCCAGAGUUGCUAGAAGACACAGAACUAAAUAAAAUACGCCUGAACCUUUUUACGGAAAGAAACUCUGACGGCUCUGGUUACUUGGUUUUAAGGGGCAAAGAUAUUUACGACAGGUAUCAACGACGAAUUCAAGAUCAGGACAUCAGAGCCAUCUGUCUUUAUGUGCGGGAAUCACCGCGGUGGAUUACAAGACUCGAUUUGUGUUACAAUGAAAUCACUGAUGUUGGAUUUUGCAAGUUACUUAAAAAGCUAUUGGUGAAGUCACGAUCGAGUGUUAUUAACUUAAAUAUAAUGAAUAAUAAUUUGAGUGAAAUUUCGAUGCAAUAUUUAGCUUUAUACGCGCCGUUAAUAAAACUGAAAUAUUUACGAUUAAACGGAAAUGAAAUUGGAACCAAAGGAGGAGAAUACAUUGCAAAGUUUUUGAGAGAUAAUAAAAGUGUAGAGUACCUCGAUAUUGGUGAAACAAGUCAGACGCUUACUAGUGUUGCCCACGUAAUAACAGCGUUACGUCACGAUCAUGGUAAAAAUGAAACUGUAAAAGUUUUCGAGUUUAGUCGAAUUGUUCCGGUUUUUAAUCGUUAUUCAUUGGAAACGAAAUGGCUUGCGUACCAUAUUGAAUAUUUAUUGGAAAGGAAUACUUCUAUAAUUGAAUUACAUUUGCAGAAAAAUGAAUUCAUCUCGCACGACAUGGAGUACCUUGCAAGAGGGCUGAAACGGAAUAAUACAUUACUCUAUUUAGAUUUAGGCUAUAACAAAAUUGGUGACCAUGGAGCCGAAAUAUUGGCGGAUUAUCUAAGGGAAUGCCCUCAAUUAGUUUUACUAAACAUAGCCGGAAAUGGUAUAAGAGAUUUAGGUGCCCGAGCACUAAGUUUAGGAUUACCAUAUUCGCAGAUUCGUGCGUUGGACAUUUCUCAGAAUAAAAUUAAUGAUGAAGGAAUCAUGGACAUACUCAACACUAUCAAAAAACCUUAUUUUUUGAGGUUUUUGAACUUAUGGGGCAACAAAAUAACACACUCAACUUGUUUAGUGAUCGAAAGAAUGCUCCUAAGUGGUGUAUUGUUUCAACACACACUCGACAUACAGUUAUACGAAGUCGACGAGAUCUUGUACGCAGCAUACUACCCUAACCCGGCUGAUAGAAAUAAACACUUAUAUUACUGUGAAUUAGAUUUUGGGUAUGCACAACCAAUUUAUCAUAUUAAAAGAAACAUUAUUGAGGAAAAGAAAAAGGUCAAAGUAGACUGUAAAAUGAGGCAUACAUUGGACAAAACAACGACAGAUGGAAAGUUUUAAAAAGGAACUUGCAAGUAGACUACUAGCGCCACAUGACGGUAGAAUUUGGAACAAUCAGCCAGACAGAGUUUUAGCGGAUAUUUUGGACGUUAACUUUGAAUUGGUACAUUUCUUAAACAUUGAUCUUAGUAGAAACUACAGUAAAUUACGGGCAAAAACGGGCAAGACGGUCAAAUAAAUUAUACUAUCAGGUAUCGGAAUAGGUAGAGUUUUUCACCUAAACUUCGAGGAACA